AAGUAAGAUAAAGAAAGACAAUAAAAUAAAUAGUACUCACUAUCAAACGUUAUCAUAAAAUAUUAAUAAAUUUACACGAGUCAAACAACUUUCUAAAAAAAACAAAAGUGCUGCAUUUUGUCAAUGGUAGUUGAGAAAAUUGCGAUAAAAAAACUUUUCUUGUCUAUUGAUUCAUCCAUCGUUGCCCCACCGACUGAUGUGAAAUUUUCUUGAUAAAUUCUUUAAUUUAUCGUUUUAUAAGAAAAUUCUACUUAGAGUUAACGAAUAGACUAACGGGGCAAUCGUUAAAUUCAACCAAAAUAUAGACUCGUGUCGCAAAACGACUUAAACCCUCUUCCUGUAUGUCACCUGUGCGUUCAUCGGGCGACAGCUUUCGAUCGGUUUCGCACGUCCUACAAUAAACAAUAGUUUGUUUUUGCGGCGUAUUCACGCGGGCGAUCGAUCGCGUGCGGUGUUGUGCAGUGGUAAUGGUCGGUGCAGUGGCAGCGGAGGCGGAGAUGCAUCAGUGAAGGGAAGGAGCGCUAGCAGCAGGGCUCGCCAGGGACUCAGAUGUUGGAGACGCGAACCGCGCGCGCCGCAGACUCGGUGUGGGCGAGCAAGCCGCUGCCGGCGCCGCACGCCAUGGCCAACCCGAGACAUGGGAAAAACGCUCAGGAGGACGUGUGCUACGUGGUCGCGAAAUACGACUACGCAGCGCAGGGCGCCCAAGAGCUCGAUCUCCGCAAGAACGAGCGCUACCUCCUUCUCGACGACUCGAAACAUUGGUGGCGUGUACAGAAUGCGCGCUCCCAGUCGGGCUACGUACCUAGCAACUAUGUCAAGAAGGAAAAGCCUUCGCUCUUUGACAGUAUUAAGAAGAAAGUGAAAAAAGGCUCCGGUUCCAAGACGCUUCCCUCUAACAGCUCUCCAGUCCGCGGCGGCACCGAGUCGCCCGGAGCGAGGCGCGUCGCAGAACCCACGGAGGCAUUAGGGACCGCCGUCGUUAAGUACAACUAUCAAGCGCAACAACCCGACGAGCUGUCGCUCACCAAAGGGACCAGGAUCCUGAUCCUGGAGAAGAGCAACGAUGGCUGGUGGCGGGGGCAGUACCAGGGGCACACUGGAUGGUUUCCGUCGAACUACACGAGCGAAGAGGGCGACGCCGAGGACCCGGUCCACACUUACGCUAUGGCGGAGAACGUUCUAGAUAUUGUUGUGGCAUUAUACUCGUUCACAUCGAACAACGAGCAAGAGCUGUCGUUCGAGAAGGGCGACCGGCUGGAGAUCGUGGAGAGACCGCCCUCCGACCCCGAGUGGUACCGCGCGCGGGACUCGCGCGGCCGCCAGGGGCUCGUGCCGCGCAACUACCUGCAGGAGCUCGCCGACUACCUCGCCAUGCCCUACAGCGAAGCGACGGAAGGCGGUCGAGCCGUGGCCGGCACGGGCGCUGCAGGCCGAGCCUGGUACUACGGCGCCAUCACGCGCACGCAGUGCGACACGCUGCUCAACCAGCACGGACACGACGGCGACUUCCUCAUCAGAGACUCCGAGACUAAUGUCGGUGAUUUCUCAGUAUCCCUAAAAGCUCCGGGUCGUAACAAGCACUUCCGCGUCCACGUCUCCGGUUCCCUGUACUGCAUCGGACAGCGCAAGUUCCCCACGCUCGACCAGCUGGUCGCACAUUAUCAACGGGCACCCAUCUACACCAACAAGGCGGGCGAGAAGCUGUACCUCGUGCGGCCGCUGCCGCGCGCCGACCCGCCCUGCUGAGCCGCCACCGCCACCGCCACCGCCACCGCCACCGCCACCGCCACCACCACCAACACCACCACCAACACCGCCACUCUACACUGGUAGCCGCCAUGCCAUUAUACAGGCUUUACUUUAAACUAUUUACUUACACUCCUAAACACCCAACUUUACUGUUUCGCGAACUGUUUGCAUUGAUCCGAAGUUAACUGUUUUCAUAUCUGAUUAUAUUAGUAAAUCUAAAUAAAACGACGCUUUUAAAACAUCCCUAAACAGAAUGCGAAAAAAAAUUACAAUGGCGGUACCGAGCGAGGCGAAUACUAUAAUUAACUUUAGAUACCGUAAUGAAAUUACUGACAUUCGACGCUUCCUUUACUAAUAUUCCUCAUUUCAUUCAAAGUCAAUUUGUAAACAAUAUUCAUUCCAGUAAACUGUAAAAUUAAGCUUAACAGGGCCUUAUGUAAAAAAAUAUUAAUCGCUCUGGCUUGGUUUUAAAAAUAUGAUUGUUUUAAAAGUAUUUAUACUUGCUACAAAAGUUGUAUCAAUCAAAAACAAUUCAGUUUGAUAGUCAAGUCAUGACAUAUAUAAUAUUAUUAUUUGUGCCAUUAGAAAGGCUCCUUAUUCCAUAAAAAUAAAAUCUGACCUAGUAACAGACAUAAAUUUUGAAUAACAAGGCCCUGUUAAAUUUAACUAUAGCUACCUUGAACGAUUAACAUAACGUCAAAUUGCGAAUUUUCCCAGUAUUUCAUUGUUUUCAAUGAAACA